AUUACUAAACAACAUCCGGUUAGCAUCCAUAGCUACUUGUUUGCAACCAAAAUCCCUGUGCUUGAAUUUGCAUCUAUGUUAUUUGACGUUUGCCACUGACUGUUCAGAUUUGCUAAAAGAAGGUGCUGUCACUUGAAAGGGGCAGACAAGAUAACUACUUUGGCUCAGGUAAGGAAAUCGAUUUUGUUAGUUACGUUAGCUAGCUUUGGCAGAGCAAGCUAGCUAACCAGAGCUAGCUGGCUAACGCAGGCAAUUUAUUUAAUAUAAGCUUCCCGCGGCGUAUGGCUAUUUAAUAGGGUCAGUGACUGAGCUACGCGCAAAUGUCAGUGAGAUAAAUAAACGGGCUAAUUAACGUUAGACGGCAGCUACAUCAGUUGUGAAGUUACUAAGUAUGGGGUGACUAACGUCAAGAUGGCGACAAGUGCAGUCGCCUAAUUUCACCUUGAAUAACCCUCUCAAACUUCUGAAGCUGUGAAAAACGGUUUAAAAGUAAGACUAUAAAAAAAUUCCUCUAUUAGUGGAAAGAACCUGCUAACAUGUCGGAGUAGGAGAGAAAAGGCAAAGCGAAAUGGAGUCCGUUCAGAGAGCAAAAAACAGAUAAUAAAAAACAGAUUAUAUUAUCAUAAGGAAACGUAUACCUGGAUAACGGAGGAGGAAUGGAGGGGAAAAGAGGCAGAGGAGGUCUAAGAGAGAGAGAGAUGGAGGAAGACUGAACUUGAGUCUGUUAAAAAUGGCGGAAAAAAAGAAGGUUUGUUAAAGAAGAAUGGUAGGAAAUGUAAGCAAAGUGAGCUGAAGACAGGAGGAGAAAUGGAAGUGAAUGAGGGUGAAGUAUCGGAGGUGGAAGUUGUGGUGAAGGACUCGGAGCCCGAGGAUUGCACAGAGGGUCAAGAUGAAGAUGAGUCUGUGACAGUAGGAGUGAAGUUUUUGGAAAAAGUGGAGCCUUGCCUUUUGGCUGAUCUAUUUGUGGUUUCAAGUUGGGUGAAAAGAGCUUUGGGUAAGCCCCGUGUAGCUCAGUUGGUAGAGCAUGGCGCUUGCAAUGCCAGAGUUGUGGGUUCGAUUCCCACGGGGGGGCAGUAUGAAAACAAAUUAUGCACUCACUAACUGUAAGUCGCUCUGGAUAAGAGCGUCGGCUAAAUGACGUAAAAUGUAAAAUGGGUAAAGUGGAAUUGGUGAGGCUAACCAGAAAUGGUCUAGUGAUAAUUGUUUGUUUCUGUUGGUCAGAGGGAGAAGGCGCUCAGAUUUAGACAAAUGGGGGAAAGAAUGGUGAAUUGUUUCGCUCUCAAGAAAAGGGCGCCAUUGAAAGGAGUGAUUACUGGGGUAGCAGUAAAUGUAAAAGUUGACCAACUGAAGGGGAAGAUUCCCGGUGUGUGUGAUGCUCGUCGUUUGGUGCGACACAAACAGGGGGGCGAGAGUGGGGAAACAGAGUCGUCAUUGUCUGUUCUUUUGAGUUUUGAAGUUGAGUCUUUGCCUGAUAAAGUGAAGUUAGCGUAUAUAAGUUAUCCUGUACGAGCUUAUGUGCCAAAUACAUUACGAUGUUACAGGUGUCAAACUUAUGGGCGUGUGGCAGCAGUGUGUAGGAGGGAGAUUCCAAGGUGUGAGAAGUGUGCAGAAGGGCAUGAGACACAGGAAUGUGUAGCAUUGGGGAAAGUAGUGGUAUGUGGUAAUUAAAGGGGUGCCCAUGGGGCUGGGGAUCAGAAAUGUCCUGUGCGAGAAAGGCAGGUUGAGGUUUCCAGGGUAAGAGUAGUGAAGAAGUUGUCAUAUGCUGAGGCAGUGAAGUAAGUAGAGGAAGGUGGGUCAAGGGGGAGGAGUGGUGAGAGUAGUAGAGGUGUACCAAUGCAGAGGGAUAGGCCAACAAGUGAUAUAUGUUUCAGUAAGAUUGGAUUUUUAGCAUUUGUAGCAAUGGUUAUUAAUUGUACUGCAUGGAUGGAACGUAAGUCUAAGAAAAUUGAGGUUGUGGUGGCAGCUGCAGAGAGGAAUUUGGGUGUGCGAGACUUGACAUCAGAAGAGUUACAGGGAGUGUUAAGUGUUGAUGUUCCAUCAUCUCAGGUUGAGGGCAUGAGGUAGGAAUGAAUAUAUUUAAAUAGUGGAGUGGGGUGGUGUUAAUUAUUAAUAAUAAUUUUGAAUUUGUGAGUGUACUGUUAGAUUGUAGGGUAUUUCUUUAUUUUAUUUUAUUUUCCAAGCAAAAUAUAAGGGAGUUGUACACCAGUCUAGUAGGUGGCGGUAAUGCAACAAAUUGGAUGCCAACCGCCGUUAAACCUCAUCGAAGAAGAAGAAAAGGCAAAGCUAGCCACAAGGAUGCUGUCAAGAAUAGAAACGCUAGCUAGCCUAGCUAGCGAACAUGAUUACUUGAGCGCAAGACAGACAUCCCUUGGCCCUGACUCAUCUGAGGACGAAAUGCUUACUGAUGGGGAAGGGGUUUUGAGUGACUCGGAUACCGCAGUGAACAGACUCAAAUACAGCCCUGCCCAGAAGAUGAAGCGAAAGGAUCUCCCCUUUAUGAUCUGCAGGCGAACAUCAUCCAAGGAGUUAUGGCUAAAAUAAACGAGAGGGCUGACAACCUGGAGAAGAUGGUGAAGGAGAAUGCAUUAUGCAUCGAAGCGCACAAAGCGUCUGUGAAUUUUGCGUUCAGCGAGAUUCAAGACAUCAAGAAACGGGGUUCCAGAGGAGACCAACGAAAAUGUAAAAGGAAAGGUGAUAGAUAUCUGCCUGAAUGUGGCACCUGGGCUUGGAAAGAACUACAUGGAGAAUGCUGUGGCUGUUGCCCAUCGCCUUGGGAGGAAAACAUAAAACUAAAUGGUCCUGUUUGCAUUCCGUACAGCGAGGUUUUUUUUUUUUUUUUUUUGUAAACCGUUAAAUUCCUUAAUCCCAGAGAGGGAAAGGUUGGAUUUGCAGAGGGUUCUUAUUUUAUCUCAUUUUAUUUGACUUUUAAUGGAUUUGAAGCUGAUUACUGUUAACGCCAGAGGCAUACUCAAUUUGGUGAAGAGGAAAGCUUUUUUUCUAUUUUGUAAAGCCUUAUUUUUGUACAAGAGACGCAUUCAUGCUCGGAAGACAAUACUUUUUGGAAAAGUCCAAUGGGGUAGUGACAGUGGUUAGCGAACGGCUCUAAUCAUUCAGCGGGGAUUGACAUUCUAGCCCACAAUUUUAAAGGCAACGUUUUAGUUUCUAAAGCAGACACUAAAGGACAGUGGUUAUUGAUAUUGCUGAUAGACAAUUUAUACUGUGUAAUAUACACCGAGUGUACAAAACAUUAAGAACACCUUCCCUUUUGCCCUCAGAAUAGCCUCAAUUCGAUUGGCCAUGGACUCUACAAGGUGUCAAAAGCAUUCCACAGGGAUACUGGCCCAUGUUGACACCAAUGUUUCCCACAGUUGUGUCAAGUUGGCUGGAUGUCCUUUGGGUGGUGGACCGUUCUUGAUACACAGAGGAAACUGUUGAGAAUGAAAAACCCAGCAGCGUUGCAGUUCUUGACACAAACCGGUGCACCUGGCACUUAAUACCAUACCCUGUUCAAAGACAAUAUUUUGUCUUGCCCAUUCACCCUCUGAAUGGCACACAAACACAAUCCAUGUCUCAAUUGUCUUGAGUCUUAAAAACCUUAUUUAACCUGUCUCCUCCCCUUUAUCUACACUGAUUUUGAAGUAGAUUUAACAAGUGACAUAAAUAAGAGAUCAUAGCUUUCAUCUGGAUUCACCUGGUCAGUCUGUUAUGGAAAGAGUAAGUGUUCUUAAUGUUUUGUGUAUAUGGAUAUUUCUGAAAUGCCCCAAAUGAUGAAGAAUGAAGAAAUUUACUAAUGGUUAAAAUGUUUGUUGGAAAGAUAUUCUACAUCAAAACUUGUUGUUGUUGAGGAUUUAAACAUGCUAAUGUAUAACGAAAUUGAUAGGCUGACAUUUUGAUCCGAAUUUAGAUAUGGUUGAUAUCUGGAGGGUAAGAAAAUCCAUCAGAUGUACAAUUUACUUGGCGUAACAAAGAUUUUUCCUUAGUCUAGAAUUGACUUAUGGAUGAUAUCCUCCAGUCUUAAACCAUAUACUACUGAAGUUUAUAUUUUGCCAGCAGUUUUGCCAGAUCACAAGGUUGUAGUUUUAAAAUGGAGUAAUUAGUGACCAUGGUGAGUGUUUUACAAGAGGCUAUAUGAAAUAGAAUGAGGGCUGGGAGAUAUGGCCAAAAUAUAUAUGAUAUUUAAAAAUAUUGACGGUAUUUUAUGUUUUUGGCUAAUAAAAGUUUUGAAUAUGUAUUAUGAGUAGUUCAUGACCCUAGGGUGGCAACAAAUAAACUAUAAGGGAUUUCUCCAUUCAGAUUUUGCAUUUCCUGCACUUUUGUUAUCAUUUCCACACUGUGCCACGCAGGGCUGCAUGAUAUGGGCAAAAAUCUAGGCCUAGUUAAUUGAACUGUUGGAAUCAUGGAAUUAUAAUUAUUAUUCUAAUUCUAUAGUGGGCAGCACCUUGAAUGCAUUGUUUGACAUGACAACGAAUGAAUAAGCCAGGGAGGAAUUAUUGACCGGGUAGGAUCCAAACUGCUUUGCUUUAUCUUGGCCAGGUCGCAGUUGUAAAUGAGAACUCGUUCUCAACUGGCUUACCUGGUUAAAUAAAGGUUAAAUAAAAAAUGAAGUGUUGGGCAAUGUUUCCAGGGGACCCUAAUUAUGUUACAUUCCAUGUUGUCUUAGCCAGCUAGCUAAUAUAUUCAUGUUUCACCUAUUCCUCUCCGAUUUUAAGAUACCAUUGCACAAACAAUAUGCUUAUCUAGGCCUACACCAGCACUGGUACCAGGCUGUAUUUGCUAUGCAUGUUUGCUCUGACUCUUAGCUAGCUAGCUAAAUGUACUAACAAAAUUUAUUUUAGUCACAACUUGCUAAGAAAAAUAAAACUAGCAGACCGUAGUUUGCAGACAGUAAGAUACUCAAACUAAUAUUGUAAUUGUAGAACACUUGUGGAAAGCAGCAUUGUUUUCACCAUCUUUCUGCAUCUAUCUGACCAUGCUUACUGAAGAGUGAACGGCAAUAAAGUGUUUGACUCUGUGGUCGAGCAACUGCUCUCUCCUUGAGUGAUAGGGUGUGGGAAGCAGCAGGAGGAGAGAGAAAGACGAGUAGCAAACAGAGUGAACUAUACAAAUGGACAUUACACCCGCCUGAGUUGCGUAUCACCUUUAACAAAACAAACAUUGAAAUACCGUUAUAGAAGGUAAAGUAAAAACCCAAACCGGUCCAUGCAUUGAUACUGGUAUAUAGUAAAACUCUUUAAUGGUGGUAAUAGUUGUGUUAAACUUUCCUGUGGAACCUCACCUAGAUUUGAUAUUCAUAGAAGGAUUCGUCAGGGCUGUCAAGAUCUCAGAAAUGGUUUAUUCAAUGGUCACCAAGAGUCAAUUUGAAAGAAUUGUAUGUGAUGAAGAGGUGAAGAUUUCCCAGUUAGCUGACGAUACAGCACUCUUUUUGAAAAAUGAAAAUCAGUUUCCAGUAGCCCUACAUACAGUAGAGCAAUUCUCUCAAGUGGCAGGUUUGGUAUUGAAUAUUGCAAAAUGUGAAAUGUUAGCAUUUAAAGAAGCAGUGUCCUAGAAUAUGUUAAAGUUCUGUCAAGGAUGUUGUAACCUAUUUAGGUGUCAAUAUUACCCAAAAUACUAAUGAAAUAAAUUAAUGUAAAGUGCAUUCGGAAAGUAUUCAAACCCCUUGACUUUUUCCACAUUUUGUUAGUCUUUUCUAAAAUUGAUGAAAUUUACUCAGUACUUUGUUUAAGCACCUUUUGGCAGCGAUUACAGCCUCGAGUCUUCUUGGGUGUGACGCUUGGCAGACCCAUUCUUCUCUGCAGAUUCUCUGUCAGGUUGGAUGGGGAGCGUCGCUGCAUAGCUAUUUUCAGGUCUCUCCAGAGAUGUUCGAUCGGGUUCAAGUCCGGGCUCUGGCUGGGCCACUCAAGGACAUUCAGAGAUGUGUCCCGAAGUCACUCCUGCGUUGUCUUGGCUGUGUGCUUAGAAUCGUUGUCCUGUUGGAAGGUGAACCAUCGCCUCAGUCUGAGACCCUGAGCACUCUGGAGCAGGUUUUCAUAAAGGAUCUCUCUGUACUUUGCGCCGUUAAUCUUUAUCUUGAUCCUGACUAGUUUCCCAGUCCCUGCUGCUGAAAAACAUCCCCACAGCAUGAUGCUGCCACCACCAUGCUUCACCGUAGGGAUGGUGCCAGGUUUCCUCCAGAUGUGAUGCUUGGCAUUCAGUUCAAAGAGUUCAAUCUUGGUUUCAUCAGACCGGAGAAUCUUGUUUCUCAUGGUCUGAGAGUCCUUUAGGUGCCUUUUGGCAAAAAUUUGGAAAAAGGGAAGUGGUCUGAAUACUUUCCGAAUGCACUGUAAAUCCCUUUAUUGAAUCUAUAAAAAAUAAUUAAUUCAUGGUUGGCAAGUGAUUUAUCUCUUCAGGGUAGAGCUCUCCUCUCAAAGGCAAGAGGAUUUAUCUCGAGCUUCUUAUCUUUUUACAACUUUAGAGAUUCCCAAGUCUACGUGUACAACACUCAACAAAUUAUUCAAUUUCAUUUGGAAAAAUAAGCCACACAAAUUCAAGAAUGAUGUCAUUAUCAACAAUAUUUGUAGUGGUGGUCUUAAAGUUUUAGAAUUUACGCUGUUUAAUCAGACUACAAAGGUGAACUGGAUUAAGAGGUACAGUACCAGUCAAAAGUUUGAACACACCUACUCAUUCAAGGGUUCUUUAUUUUUACUAGUUUUUACAUUGUAGAAUAAUAGUGAAGACAUCAAAACUAUGAAAUAACACAUGGAAUCAUGUAGUAACCAAAAAAGUGUUAAACAUAUCAAAAUAUAUUUUAUAUUUGAUAUUCUUCAAAGUAGCCACCCUUUGCUUUGAUGACAGCUUUGCACACUCUUGGCAUUCUCUCAACCAGCUUCAUGAGGUAGUCACCUGGAAUGAAUUUCAAUUAACAAGUGUGUCUUGUUAAAAGUUAAUUUGUGGAAUUUCUUUCCUUCUUAAUACGUUUGAGCCAAUAAGUUGUGUUAUGACAAGGUAGGGGUGGUAUACAGAAUAUAUCCCUAUUUGGUAAAAUACCAAGUCCAUAUUAUGGCAAGAACAGCUCAAACAAGCAAAGAGAAACGACAGUCCAUCAUUACUUUAAGACAUGAAGGUCAGUCAAUCCUGAACAUUUCAAGAACUUUGAAAGUUUCUUCAAGUGCAGUUGCAAAAACCAUCACGCGAUAUGAUGAAGCUGGGUCUCAUGAGGACCGCCACAGGAAAGGAAGACCCAGAGUUACCUUUGCUGCAGAGGAUAAGUUCAUUAGCGUUACCAGCCUCAGAAAUUGCAGCCCAAAUAAAUUAUUCACAGAGUUCAAGUAACACACAUCUGAACAUCAACUGUUCAUAGGAGAUUGUGUGAAUCAGGCCUUCAUGGUUAAAUUGCUGCAAAGAAACCACUACUAAAGGACACCACUAAGAAGAAGAGACUUGCUUGGGCCAAGAAACAUGAGCAAUGGACAUUAGACCGGUGGAAAUUUGUCCUUUGGUCUGGAGUCCAAAUUGGAGAUUUUUGGUUCCAACAUCUGUGUCUUUGUGAGACGCGGUGUGGGUGAACGGAUGAGCUCUGCAUGUGUAUUUCCCACCGUAAAGCAUGGAGGAGGAGAUGUUAUGGUGUGGGGGUGCUUUGCUGGUGACACUGUCUGUGAUUUAGUUACAAUUCAAGGCACACUUAACCAGUAUGGCUACCACAGCAUUCUGCUGCGAUAUGCAAUCCCAUCUGGUUUGGUCUUAGUCCCACUAUCAUUUGUUUUUCAACAGGACAAUGACCCAACACACCUCCAGGCUGUGUAAGGGCUAUUUUACCAAGAAGGAGAGUGAUGGACUGCUGCAUCAGAUGACCUGGCCUCCACAAUCCCCCGACCUUAACGCAAUAGAGAUGGUUUGGGAUGAGUCGGACCGCAGAGUGAAGGAAAAGCAGCCAACAAGUGCUCAGCAUAUGUGGGAACUCCUUCAAGACUGUUGGAAACGCAUUCCAGGUGAAGCUGGUUGAGAGAAUGCCAAGUGUGCAAAGCUGUCAUCAAGGCAAAGGUUGGCUAUUUGAAGAAUCUCAAAUAUAAAAUAUACACUUUUUUUUGGUUACUACAUGAUUCCAUGUGUGUUAUUUCAUAGUGUUGAGGUCUUCACUAUUAAUCUACAAUGUAAAAAUAGGGAAAAUAAAGAAAAACCAUUGAAUGAGUAGGUGUGUCCAAACUUUUGACUGCCAAUACAUGGUUAAUUUGUAAAUUUUUUCGUGGGAACAUUUUUCAUCCAUAAAAUGAAGUUCAUGGGAGAGAAAAAAAGAAAAAAACGUCAUAUUUUUCUCAUUGAUUUUAUAUAACAUCCCUAAAAGGUAUAAAUAGCAAAUUAUCAAUGAAGUGUCUAGUGUUUGUCAAUGUAACUUGUCUAUAGUGUAAUGUACUUUUUUGGGGGUCUUUUUGUUGUAUAUUGUUUUGCACAAUGUUUGUGAGAUGUAAUACAAAAACAACAACUUGUACAAGUUAUGUUAUCUAGUACAGUAUCAGGUAGCUAAUGUAAUGUUGUCAACAAUUUGAUAGCUAGUUAGCUAACAGUUGUGGUAUGGCCAAAGAUAUUUAUAACUAACCCAAGAUAGACUAUAGCCUGUCGUUUCCAUUGGUAGCAAAUUAAUCAUAGGUGGCAGAACAAGCAAGGAGGUGGGCAGAGCCAAGCACGAGCUUGUGAGAUCCCAUUGGUGCAUUCUAGCAUUUAUUUGCAUAUUUCCGUUAGGGAACCCCUACUCUGAAGUGCGCGUGUGCAAUAAAUCAAUUAGCCUUGCACUCCUUCUAAACACUUUUUUUUUUUUUUUACUGGCAAAGGGUGAAGUUUACAAAACGCGUUCCACUCUGUUACAGAUUUUAGUUUUGGGAAACAGAAAACUGUAUGGAGAUCAAAUGUUUCAUAGAUGGAAAAUUAGCAGAAUGUUGGCCAAAAUCCAUCUUCUGGGCUUCUUUGCAUCACCAUAUUUGGUAGUGAGUGGAAACGCCAAGCGGAUGCUUCACAUUUAUACAUCCUGUGAAAUAUCUGCGUCAUUGUUCUAUCUGUGGUAUGGCUGUGAUAAGAGUUUACUGUACGUUCUCCAUCAGAUAGCUAUGUCAUCAUUGCCAUCUCACACCCCUUGUUUCAUUGCCAAAUGCCAAUUGAUCAGUACUUGGACGUCACGAGUAGCAUUACCUACAGUACAUUUGACAAGUGAAUUGUGUUAACGGUAGCUACUUCCUCAAUAACAAGGUUACUUUCUUGACUUGAGCCUUUGACUUUCUGGAGCCCUUGACACACUGUAAUUAUUAAAUGUGGUGUCUUAAAGGCCUGUAUUAACCUAUCCUAAUUGUUACUUUGCAGGAAAUGGCCAUACUGUAUUUCAAGUUCAUGAAAUUCAAAUUGCAGUUGUGAUUCUGAAUAAUCCGUGAUUCAUUCAAGAGUUCUGAUCACUUUGUAGCCAAUGCCAAGAAUGUGUUCAAUAACAUUCUCUAACCCACUCAGUCACACUUGGCUUUGAUUAAACUGAAAUGCAUUGGAAAAACAAUAAGUGAAUGUAAAAUUACUCCUCUCUCUCGCUCGCUCCAGAUGUGAAGGUGCCAUCUUGCUGCGUGCCAUGAGUAACAGCCACCCCCUGCGGUCACUGACCUCCGUGUCAGAGAUAGACCACCUGCACCUGCUGUCAGAGCACCUGGGCGCCCUGGUGUCCGGCGAGGAGUACAGCGAUGUCACCUUUGUCGUCGAGGGGAAGCGCUUCCCUGCCCAUCGGGUCAUCCUUGGCGUCACGGUGCCAAUAUUUCAGGUAACUAGGGCUGUGAUGGUUGUUGGUCAGCCAAAUUACCACGGUCACGGUAAUAUGUUUUUAAAGAUUAUAUUUUUAAGACCCACAUUUUAUCCUCUCCUCGGUUCCUGACUGCAUGUGCUGCUGCUGCAGGAGGGGGCAUUGCCUAGGCAACUGAAUACUUGUUUGCUUCAACAUCUUGCUUGUUUCAGUAAGGAGCAAUAAAGUUUCAUGUCCAUGUUAGUGUAGAGUCCAUGUUGCAGCAGAAACUGACUCAACCGCACUAAUCCCCGGCCGUCCCGUUUGUCAGCUGUUAUGAGGGUUAUUUUGUUUUCAUGACGGUCUUCAUCCAUAACCGUUGGUUACACAGUUAUACAGUAAUUGUGCCAAACCUACUAGUGAAUACAGGUUACUUUAGUCAUUGUCUCUGAAGUCUAAACCAUGAGUAGGCAAGGCUGGGUCGUGUUCAUUAGGGCACAAAGAUUAGCGCAUUCUAGCCUAUUGGUCAAGGUAAUCCCUCCCUGUUUGGUGCCUAAUGAACACAACCCUGGUCCUUGUAUCAUAACCAAUGUAUCCAUUUGGGAUUGACCCAACUAGCCUAUUUGAAUCAGGUGCUGCAGUGCUUGAAGGUGCACCCAGCUCCCUACCACUAAUUUACACAAACCUGACAAGCGUCCAUCCCUCUUCCAUCCCUCCGCAGAGCCAUGCUCUUUAAUGGCAUGAAGGAGUCCCAGCCCCAGGCCGAGGUGCCCCUGGAGGACACGCAGGCCGAGGCGUUCUCCAUGCUCCUGCAGUACCUGUACACGGGCCGUGCCAGCCUGAGUACAGCCCGCGAGGACGUUUUACUGGACUUCCUGGGCCUGGCGCACCGCUAUGGCCUCCAGCCACUAGAGGACAGCACCUGUGAGUUCCUGCGCACGGCGCUGCACACGCAGAACGUAUGCAUGGUGUACGAUGUGGCCAGCCUCUACUGCCUGGGGGGCCUGGCGCAGGCGUGCCUUGCCUACAUGGACCGGAAGGCGCCUGAGGUGCUGGCGUCAGACUGCUUCCUCACUCUCUCUAAGGUGAGACAGUGGAAUGGAAGGAUGAUGUAGAAACACCUAGUAAUAAAGUAUAUGGAUAGGUGGAUAAAAGGUAAAACUGUAUGAUGUAUGAAAGAAGUUGAAAAGGUAUGAUGAGAUUGGAUGGCUGGACGAAUGAACAGUUGAAAGACGUUAUGAUGAAGGUAUGGUAGGAUGGAUGGAUGAAAGAAAGUAUGAUUCAUGGAUGUAUAAAAGAUGACACUAUGUUAUGGUGGAUGGAUGAAAGCAGGUCUGAUGGAUUUAGAUAAAACAGGUCCAUGUCCUUUCUCCCCCUCCGUGCAGACUGCUCUUCUGGCCGUGGUGCGGCGGGACUCGUUCGCCGCCACCGAGCGGGAGAUCUUCCAGGCGUUGUGCCGCUGGUGCCGGCACAACGGCAACAACGAGGUGGCAGCACAGGAAGUGAUGUCGGCAGUGCGCCUGCCCCUCAUGAGCCUGAUGGAGAUGCUAAACGUGGUGCGUCCUUCUGGCCUCGUCAGUCCCGACAACUUGCUCGACGCCAUCCAGACACGCUCUGAGAGCCGCGACAUGGACCUUAACUACCGAGGCAUGCUCAGUGAGUAACCGGCCAACUAUCCAGCCAUAAUAACACUAAUGAACGUGGAUAUCAAAAUCUUUGGUAAAACUGCGGUGGUGUGUCUACUUGUUGAAAGUACACUGAACAAAAAUAUAAAAAAAACAUGCAACAAUUUCAAAGAAUUUUUACUGAGUUACAGUUCAUAGAAGGGAAUCAGUCAAUUGAAAUAAAUUCAUUAGGCCCUAAUCUAUGGAUUUCACAUGACUGGGAAUACAGAUAUGCAUCUGUUGGUCACAGAUUCCUUAAAAAAAAGAUAGGGGCGUUGAUCAGAAAACCAGUCAGUAUCUGUUGUGACCACCAUUUGCCUCAUGCAGCGCGACACAUCUCCUUCACAUAGAUUUGAUCAGGCUGUUUGUUGAAUGUGGCCUGUGGAAUGUUGUCCCACUCCUCUUCAAUGGCUGUGCGACAUUGCUGAAUAUUGGCGGGAACUGGAACACGCUGUCGUACACGUCAAUCCAGAGCAUCCCAAACAUGCUCAAUGGGUGACAUCUGAGUAUGCAGGCCAUAGAAGAAAUUGUGUACACAUCCUUGCGCCAUGGCCGUACAUUAUCAUGCUGAAACAGGAAGUGAUGGCGGCAGAUGAAUGGCACGACAAUGGACCACAGGAUCUCGUCACGGUAUCUCUGUGUAUUCAAAAUGCCAUCGAUUUAAAAUGCAAUUGUGUUCGUUGUCCGUAACUUAUGCCUGCCCGUACCAUAACCCCACCGCCACCAUGGGGCACUCUGUUCACAAUGUUGACAUCAGCAAACCGCUCGCACACACGACACCAUACAUGCUAUCUGACAUCUGCCCGGGACAGUUGAAACCGGGAUUCAUCCGUGAAGAACACACUUCGCCAGUGGCCAUCGAAGGUGAGCAUUUGCCCACUGAAGUCGGUUACGACGUAGAACUGCAGUCAGGUCAAGACCCUGGGGAAGACAACAAGCACACAGAUGAGCUUCCCUGAGACGGUUUCUGACAGGUUGUGCAGAAAUUCUUCGGUUGUGCAAACCCACAGUUUCCUCAUCUGUCCGGGUGGCUGGUCUUGGACGAUCCCGCAGGUGAAGAAGCCGGAUGUGGAGGUCCUGGGCUGGCGUGGUUACACGUGGUCUGCGGUUGUGUGGCCUGCUGGCCAUACGUUGGAGGUGGCUUAUGGUAGAGAAAUUAACAUUACAUUCUCUUGCAACAGCUCUGGUGGACAUUCCUGCAGUCAGCAUGCCAAUUGCGUACGCUCUCAAAACUUGAGACAUCUGUGGCGUUGUGUGACAGAACUGCACAUUUUAGUGGCCUUUUAUUGUCCCCAGCACAAGGUGUACCUGUGUAAUGAUCAUGCUGUUUAAUCACCACCUUGAUAUGCCACACCAGUAAGGUGGAUGGAUUAUCUUGGCAAAGGAGAAAUGCUCACUAACAGGGACGUAAACAAUUUUGUGCAAAGAAAUUGAGCGAAAUAAGCUUUGUGUGUAUGGAACAUUUCUGGGAUCUUUUAUUUCAGCUCAUGAAACAUGGGAACAACAUGUUGCGUUUUAUAUUUUUGUUCAGUAUAUGUUGAGCCUAUUCCUGGACUAAAAAGCACAUAUAUAAUUGAGCAUGCUUUCUAGUCAGCACCUGUAUUGAAAAUCACAUGUUGCGUUUAUUUUUGUUCAGUAUAAAUGGAUUGUAUAAAUGGAAAAGAGAUUGAUUAGUAAACGUGACGAGUUCACAUUUGACAAUAUUUUCCUUUGUCCAGCAUUAACUGGGUAGCAUUUUUUGAGCAUUUAGCAAUGCUAAUAAAAACUGAUGGUAUCUGCUGUGAGGAUCGGGUUGUGCUUCCCCUUUUCACCUCUUUCCUAUGCUUUUGAAUGCACCACUCGUUGAUACCAAAAGUGACCUAAACUGUGCCCCUUGACCAACCCCCUCCCCCCCACCCCCCCCACCAGUCCCUGAGGAGAACAUUGCCACCAUGAAGCACGGCGCCCAGGUGGUGAAGGGUGAGCUGAAGUCAGCGCUGCUGGACGGAGACACGCAGAACUAUGACCUGGACCACGGCUUCUCCCGGCACCCCAUCGAGGAGGACGGCCACGGGCGCGCAGGCAUCCAGGUCAAGCUGGGCCAACCCUACAUUGUCAACCACGUACGCUUGCUGCUGUGGGACCGCGACAACCGGUAACAACACCAUUGGGAAUCGGGGAGGGGGAUUGUGAAGUUUUUAGACAAAAAUAGUUGGUGGUGAAGUUUUUUUAUUGCAAUUGCGCAUCCCCAUAAUAUUGCUAUAUGAUAUUAAUGCAGUUCCUGAGAUGAACACUUCAGCCGGUUCUAGAUCUGAUCUAUGCAUUGCAACUGCAAAAAAAGACGACCCCGUAACACCUUUCAAACCUGGGUGAAAUGCUUCAUUCAUGUUAGGCAGUCUGAAUGCUCACUAUUCUGCUAGUAUUUUCUUCUUUUGAAAUUGAUUUUGAUGGAUUCUAUUUCCAUAUAUUAAUGCAUCUGUUGGAUUGUGACAAGAAAUUAGUAUGGCCCUAAGCAUACAUUUGUGAUAUUGUACAUCACUCUUUCUCUCUAUCUAGGUCGUACUCUUACUAUGUAGAGGUGUCUAUGGAUGAGCUGGACUGGGUGCGUGUUGUGGACCACUCCAAGUUCCUCUGUCGUUCCUGGCAGAGUGUAUUCUUCACAGCGCGUGUCUGCAGGUAAAUUAACACACAGAGACAGGACCGCAAAGCAAAACCUUGCUUCCCCCUCUGUUAUGAAUUUGAAUUUUGAAAAUCAUUGUAAAUAAGAAUGUGUAUUUAACUGAAUUGCCUGGUUAAAUUAAUGAAGUUGAAUUUUUUCAAUGGGGGGUAAAAUGACAACUGUGGAUGUAUUUGGUUAAAUAUGAGGAUCUAGCAUAAUGCACCUAUAGACUUGUUGUAUGAUAUGGUGUCUUUACGUAGAUACAGUUCCGCUUCUUGACUCAUGAGCUGUUUUGUGUCUUACAGGUAUGUACGCAUCGUGGGGACACACAACACCGUGAACAAGGUGUUCCACCUGGUGGCCUUCGAGUGCAUGUUCACACAGCGACGAUACAUUCUGGAGAAAGGACUCCUGGGUGAGGAUGUUUUUCUGUCAGUUGUUGGGGAUAUUUUCAUAGCUUUUCUAUUAGGGAUUUUGAUGAAAACUGAUCUGGAGAUAGUUUUGUUUGUUUAGGUACGGCAAUACUGAACGUCCAUAGAGAUAUUAAGGGCUGGUUUACUGAACCUAUACGGAACAAAAAUAUAAACGCAACAUCCAAAAAUUCAAAAGAUUUUACUGAGUUAUAGUUCAUAUAAGGAAAUCAGGCAAUUUAAGUAAAUGCAUUAGGCCUUAAUCUAUGGAUUUCACAUGACUGGGAAUACAGAUACCUUAAAAAAACAAAAGAUUGGGCGUGUAUCAGAAAGCCAGUCAGUAUCUGGUGUGACCACCAUUUGCAUCAUGCAGCACGACACAUCUCCUUCGCAUAGAGUUGAUCAUGCUGUUGAUUGUGCUCUUCAAUGGCUGUGCGAAGUUGCUGGAUAUUGGCGGGAACUGGAACACACUGUCGUACACGUCCAUCCAGAGCGUCCCAAACAUGCUCAAUGGUUGACAUGUCUGGUGAGUAUGCAGGCCAUGGAAGAACUGGGACAUUUUCAGCUUCCAGGAAUUGUGUACAGAUCCUUGCGACAUGGAGGCGUGCAUUAUCAUGCAAAAACAUGAGGUGAUGGCGGCGGCGGAAUGGCACGACAAUGGGCCUCACAAUCUUGUCACGGUAUCUCUGCGCAUUCAAAUUGCCAUCGAUAAAAUGCAAUUGUGUUCGUUGUCCGUAGCUUAUGCCUGCCCAUACCAUAACCCCACCGCCACUAUGGGGCACUCUGUUCACACCGUUGACAUCAGCAAACCGCUCGCCCACACGGCGCCGUCUGCCAUCUGCCCGGUAAAGUUGAAACCGGGAUUCAUCCUUGAAGAGCACACUUCUCCAGCGUGCCAGUGGCCAUCGAAGGUGAGCAUUUGCCCACUGAAGUCGGUUACGACGCCGAACUGCAGUCGGGUCAAGACCCGGGUGAGGAAUGACGAGCACGCAGAUGAGCUUCCCUGAGACUGUUUCUGACAGUUUGUGCAGAAAUUAUUCGGUUGUGCAAACCCACAGUUUCAUCAGCUGUCCGGGUGACUGGUUUCAGACGAUCCCACAGGUGAAGAAGACUGAUGUGGAGGUCCUGGGCUGGCAUGGUUACACGUGGUCUACGGUUGUGAGGUCGGUUGAAGCUACUGCCAAAUUCUUUAAAAUGACAUUGGAGGCGGCUUAUGGUAGGGAAAUGAACAUUAAAUUCUCUGGCAACAGCUUUGGUGGACAUUCCUGCAGUCAGCAUGCCAAUUGCACGCUCCCUUAACUUGAGGCAUCUGUGUUGUGACAACUGCACAUUUUAGUGACCUUUUAUUGCCCCCAGCACAAGGUGCACCUGUCAAUCAAUCAAUCAAUCAAUCAAUGAAAUGUAUUUAUAAAGCCCUUUUUACAUCAGCAGAUGUCACAAAGUGCUAUACAGAAACUCAGCCUAAAACCCCAAACAGCAAGCAAUGCAGAUGUAGAAGCACAGUGGUUAGGAAAAACUCCCUAGAAAGGCAGAAACCUAGGAAGAAACCUAGAGAGGAACCAGGCUCUGAUGGGUGGCCAAUCCCCUUCUGGCUGUGCCGGGUGGAGAUUAUAACAGUACAUGGCCAUUAAGGGCAGAUUUUUCUCGAAGAUGUUCAAACGUUCAUAGAUGACCAGCAGGGUCAAAUAAUAAUCACAGUGGCUGUAGAGGUUGCAACAGGUCAGUACAUCAGGAGUAAAUGUCACUUGGCUUUUCAUAGCCGGGCAUUUAGAGGUUGAAAUAGAGGUAGGUAGAGAGCGAGAGAGGCGUACAGGCACGUCUGGGUUCCAUAGGCAGAAGAGUUGUGUAUUGGUCAUGCUGUUUAAUCAGCUUCUUGAUAUUGUCAUGACUCAUGUGAUGGUUCCACGUGUGAAGCCCAAGAUCAGAAUACAGAGAAGCAACAGUCUACAGAUCUCUCGCAGAACAAAGGAGGGAUUGAUAGGGGGGUUGGGGUUUAUCACCCCUUCGCCAAAUGGUUUGGAGCAAAUGACUCCUAGUUGGUCCCUGGUAUUGGCGAUCUGAAUGUCUCUGAAUUGCCGCCCAAAACUCUAAACGUCCAAAGGUGGACACUGGAACAGUAUAUUUCAACAUCCGAAUGUUGGGAAUGAUGAGAGAGGGAAUUUGGAAGAUUAAUGUCUAUUUUGUGAUGUCAUUAAAACUUUAUAACGAAAAUAUUGUACCUUGAUGAGCUUUCAUAAUGUGCAUUUCAAGUUUGCAUCCGUUACAAUGUGUAGGAAAUAUCCAGGAAGAAGAUAAUAUUUUUGAUGAUUUUGUUUCUCCAAUGAAAUCAUAGUGUUCAAAAUACUUUGCCCCAGUAACUAGCCACGCCCACGGGAGCUCAGAAAGAGUGUCUGCAUGACGUAAACGCCCUCUUUACCAGAGUGCAUAAAAGACUGAGUUAAGAAUUAACAAACCAGACCAGCCGACAUGCAGCACGAGCUGAAUAUGGCAAAAUGGUUUAAACGCUACAGACCAGGGAGACUAGACAGACCUCAAGCUACAGGGAGGUUCAUAUUGGUCCCGACCCUGAAAAUCAACACGAGGUGAAAACUACAAAGUCGCCUCUCUAACAAUCAAUGUUACGGCUGAGUAGCUGUUCUAAGUACUGUAUCUAAGAAGGUGAAUUUAAGUGGGACCAUCCUGUUACUCUCUUCAAACCAUCGUCUACUACACUGCUCUCAUCACCCCACUGGGGAUCAUCGACACGGCUGAUUAGCCAUCCUCAGAAAACCACUUCCAGAACGAGUGAAAGUAAUCAGACAGCUAAGAAGGACAUUGUGACCUCUUGUGUCAGUUCGGGGCAAGGUAUUAGGAUUACUGUGAGCGUAGUUCGAUGUGUAGUCAAGUGUUGUCUCUCUCACACUCACUCUCACUCACUCACUUGCCAUCUGUUGUAACAAGUGUCAUAUUGUGUUAGCCCGCUAGGGACCCGUUUUCAUUGUAUUAAAUUGUAAUCCCUAACCUAUACGUGUUUAUCUUGUGUUAUAAUUUUUAAUUAGUUAGUAAAUAAAUAAUUUAAUACAUUUGUGUGGUACGGAAUGAUCAGUAAGACCCGGGUUUGUGCAGAUUUAAAGAGUCUACGACUUUCAGAAUGAGACUGAUAUGAAGUUAAUGAUUAAUAAAUUACUAAGAAAUUAUAGAUAUCUAGGUAUCUUUAGAGUUAAUUUGGGAAACAGUAACUCGUUAAACAACUUUUCCUGCGGUGCCGCAAAUUCCUAAUGAGUUAAUUGUUACAUGAUUUAAUUUAAUCUAGUAACAAUUAAACAUAGUAGGUAAUUAUUUGAUAAAUAAUAGUCAUCAGAAUAAUGAAAGUCACGUCACGACAAUAUGCCACACCAGUCAGGUGGAUGGAUUAUAUUGGCACAGGAGAAAUGCUCGCUAAUAGGGACAUAAACAAUUUUAUGCCCAAAAAUUGAGCGAAAUAAGCUUUUUGUGUAUAUGGAACAGAUCUGGGAUCUUUUUAUUUCAGCUCAUGAAACAUGGGAACAACGCUUUACAUGUUGCGUUUAUAUCUUUGUUCAGUAUAUGUUGAGCCUAUUCCUGGACUAAAAAGCACACAUAAUUGAGCAUGCUUUCUAGUCAGCACCUGUUUUCAAAAUGUCUCAGGGUUGGAGUGCUGAUCAAGUAUCUGGUCCUCCUUGUCCAUAUAAUCUUAUUCAUUAUGAUCUAAAAGGAAAAAAUGUAUCCAAUAUCAGCACUCCUACUCUGUUACUUUGUGAAUAUGGUCCCAGUACUAGGCUUAAUCUGGGGUCUGGGAAACUGGACCUAUUUUAUGUAAGAAACCUCUUUUGGACCUUAGCAGCCCAAGGUGAUUAAGCUACUAGCCAAAUCACUCACUCACCUCUUUUCCUCCAUUCCCCUCUCCACCCCCUACUCAAGUCCCCGACCAUAACGUGGCCACCAUCGCGUGCGGGGCCAGUGUGAUCGAGGGUGUGAGCCGGAGCCGCAACGCCCUGCUCAACGGGGACACCUCCAACUACGACUGGGACUCGGGCUACACCUGCCACCAGCUUGGCUCAGGGGCCAUCGUCAUCCAACUGGCCCAACCCUACAUGUUGGGCUCACUCAGGUAAGGGGGCUGUGCCUGAAAUGGCACCCUAUAUAGUGCACUACUUUAGCCAGAGUUGAGUCCAUUGUCAUCCAGCUGGCCCAGCCCUACAUGGUGGGCUCCCUCAGGUAGGGGGAGUGACAGAGACCCUGCACUCAAUAUCAGUUCAAUGGUUUGUUGUGUGUGUUUCUGGACAGACUGCUGCUCUGGGACUGUGAUAACCGCAAUUACAGUUACUACAUCGAGCUGUCCACCAACCAGCAGCAGUGGACCAAGGUGGUGGACCGUACCAAAGUGGCUUGCAGGUGAGAAUGCGAAUCCCCCUGUUUCAAUGUAGUCUUCUCCUGUCUUUCUCUCUGUUAUUUGCUUACUGUUAUGUUUUUUUUGUGGGCAACUGUAAAUUGUAAGUUUCCACUGUAGGGAAACAUGGACAAGGAAAAAUAAUGGAGCCUUUUUUAUAGGGUUGUGAAGAUACCAGUAUCUCGUUACCAAAAAAAGAACUUGAAGCAGACCAAACUAUUUGGUCCUUUUAAAAACCUGCUUUAUGUCGAAUGGUAUGUGCUAUAGCUUGGAAAGUAAACAAAUGUGACUCAACAUAAUGAUGUUAGUUUCCAACAUUAGGUCUGCUUUCCUCAAGAAAUUAAAUCUGCUUCAUGUUUUUUAUUUUCUUAUGACCUCUUUGGUUUCCUUGAUACUGGUAUCAUCACAAGCCUACCUUUUUGACUGUCAAGGUUUUGGUUGCUCUACAACUACUUAAAUGUUGCAGGAGUAGCAUACUAUCUAACAAUUUUAGAUUGGCCUUAAAAAAGAAAAGACAGUCACUUAAGUUUUUAUGACCAUGUUUGUUUCCAUCGAUCAAACUAAAGAUCUGUUGGUCAUACAAUUACUCUAGAAUGUAACAAGAAAAGACAACGAUGAGUCAGUCACUGAUAUACACUACCGUUCAAAAGUUUUGGUUUACUUAGAAAUGUCCUUGUUUUAGAAAGAAAAGCAAUUUUUUGUCCAGUAAAAUAACAUCAAAUUGAUCAGAAAUCCAGUGUAGACAUUGUUAAUGUUGUAAAUGGCUAUUGUAGCUGGAAACGGCUGAUAAAAAACAAAUGGAAUAUCUACAUAGGGCGUACAGAGGCCCAUUAUCAGCAACCAUCAGUCCUGUGUUCCAAUGGCACGUUGUGUUUGCUAAUCCAAGUUGAUAAUUUUAAAAGGCUAAUUGAUCGUUAGAAAACCCUUUUGCAAUUAUGUUAUCACAGCAGAAAACUGUUGUUCUGAUCGUGGUCCUCUGUAGCUCAGCUGGUAGAGCACGGCGCUUGUAACGCCAAGGUAGUGGGUUCGAUCCCCGGGACCACCCAUACACAAAAAAAAAUGUAUGCACGCACGACUGUAAGUCGCUUUGGAUAAAAGCGUCUGCUAAAUGGCAUAUUAUUAUUAUUAUUAUUAUUUAUUAUUAUUAAAGAAGCAAUAAAACUGGCCUUCUUGAGACUAGUUGAGUAUCUGGAGCAUCAGCAAUUGUGGGUUCGAUUACAGGCUCAAAAUGGCCAGAAACGAAUAACUUUCUUCUGAAACUCGUCAGUCUAUUCUUGUUCUGAGAAAUGAAGGCUAAAUUGCCAAGAAACUGAAGAUCUCGUACAACGCUGUGUAAUACUCCCUUCAUAGAACAGCGCAAACUAGCUCUAACCAGAAUAGAAAGAGUGGGAGGCCCCGGUGCACAACUGAGCAAGAGGACAAAUACAUUAGUGUCUAGUUUGAGAAACAGACGCCUCACCCGCAAAACACCAGUCUCAACGUCAACAGUGAAGAGGCGACUCCGGGAUGCAGACCUUCUAGGAAGAGUUGCAAAGAAAAAGCCAUAUCUCAGACCAAUAAAAAGAAAAUAUUAAGAUGGGCAAAAGAACACAAACACUGGACAGAGGAAGAUUGGGGAAAAAAAAGUGUUAUGGACAGACAAAUCGAAGUUUGAGGUGUUCGGAUCACAAAGAAUAACAUUUGUGAGACGCAGACCAAAUGAAAAGAUGCUGGAGGAGUGCUUGAUCCCAUCUGUCAAGCAUGGUGGAGGCAAUGUGAUGGUCUGGGGGUGCUUUGGUGGUGGUGAAGUGGGAGGUUUGUACAGGAUAAAAGGGAUCUUGAAGAAGGAAGGCUAUCACUCCGUUUUGCAACGCCAUGCCAUACCCUGUGGACGGCGCUUGAUUGGAGCCAAUUUCCUCCUACAACAGGACAAUGACCCAAAGCACAGCUCCAAACUAUGCAAGAACUACACUGCUCAAAAAAAUAAAGGAACACUAAAAUAACACAUCCUAGAUCUGAAUGAAUGAAAUAAUCUUAUUAAAUACUUUUUUCUUUACAUAGUUGAAUGUGCUGACAACAAAACACACAAAAAUUAUCAAGGAAAAUCAAAUGUAUCAACCCAUGGAGGUCUGGAUUUGGAGUCACCCUCAAAAUUAAAGUGGAAAACCACACUACAGGCUGAUCCAACUUUGAUGUAAUGUCCUUAAAACAAGUUAAAAUGAGGCUCAGUAGUGUGUGUGGCCUCCACGUGCCUGUAUGACCUCCCUACAACGCCUGGGCAUGCUCCUGAUGAGGUGGCGGAUGGUCUCCUGAGGGAUCUCCUCCCAGACCUGGACUAAAGCAUCCGCCAACUCCUGGACAGUCUGUGGUGCAACGUGGCGUUGGUGGAUGGAGCGAGACAUGAUGUCCCAGAUGUGCUCAAUUGGAUUCAGGUCUGGGGAACGGGCGGGCCAGUCCAUAGCAUCAAUGCCUUCCUCUUGCAGGAACUGCUGACACACUCCAGCCACAUGAGGUCUAGCAUUGUCUUGCAUUAGGAGGAACCCAGGGCCAACCGCACCAGCAUAUGGUCUCACAAGGGGUCUGAGGAUCUCAUCUCGGUACCUAAUGGCAGUCAGGCUACCUCUGGCGAGCACAUGGAGGGCUGUGCGGCCCCCCCAAAGAAAUGCCACCCCACACCAUGACUGACCCACCGCCAAACCGGUCAUGCUGGAGGAUGUUGCAGGCAGCAGAACGUUAUCCACGGCAUCUCCAGACUCUGUCACAUGUGCUCAGUGUGAACCUGCUUUCAUCUGUGAAGAGCACAGGGCGCCAGUGGCGAAUUUGCCAAUCUUGGUGUUCUCUGGCAAAUGCCAAACGUCCUGCACUGUGUUGGGCUGUAAGCACAACCCCCACCUGUGGACAUCGGGCCCUCAUACCACCCUCAUGGAGUCUGUUUCUGACCGUUUGAGCAGACACAUGCACAUUUGUGGCCUGCUGGAGGUCAUUUUGCAGGGCUCUGGCAGUGCUCCUCCUGCUCCUCCUUGCACAAAGGCGGAGGUAGCAGUCCUGCUGCUGGGUUGUUGCCCUCCUACGGCCUCCUCCACGUCUCCUGAUGUACUGGCCUGUCUCCUGGUAGCGCCUCCAUGCUCUGGACACUACGCUGACAGACACAGCAAACCUUGCCACAGCUCGCAUUGAUGUGCCAUCCUGGAUGAGCUGCACUAUCUGAGCCACUUGUGUGGGUUGUAGACUCCGUCUCAUGCUACCACUAGAGUGAAAGCACCGCCAUCAUUCAAAAGUGACCAAAACAUCAGCCAGGAAGCAUAAGAACUGAGAAGUGGUCUGUGGUCACCAACUGCAAAACCAGUCCUUUAUUGGGGGUGUCUUGCUAAUUGCCUAUAAUUUCCACCUGUUGUGUCUUCCAUUUGCACAACAGCAUGUGAAAUGUAUUGUCAAUCAGUGUUGCUUCCUAAGUGGACAGUUUGAUUUCACAGAAGUGUGAUUGACUUGGAGUUACAUUGUGUUGUGUAAGUGUUCCCUUUAUUUUUUUGAGCAGUGUAUUUAGGGAAGAAGUAGUCAGCUGGUAUUCUGUAUAUAAUGGAGUGGCCAGCACAGUCACCGGAUCGCAACCCUAUUGAGCUGUUGUGGGAGCAGCUUGACCGUAUGGUAUGUAAGAAGUGCCCAUCAAGGCAAUCCAACUUGUGGGAGGUGCUUCAGGAAGCAUGGGGUGAAAUCUCUUCAGAUUACCUCAACAAAUUGACAACUAGAAUGCCAAAGGUCUACAAGGCUGUAAUUGCUGCAAAUGGAGGAUUCUUUGACGAAAGCAAAGUUUGAAGGACACAAUUAUUUCAAUUAAAAAUCAUUAUUUCUAACGUUGUCAAUGACUACAUUUCCUAUUCAUUUAGCUAUAUUUCCUAUUCAAACUCAUUUCAUCUAUGUUUUCAUGGAAAACAGGCAAUUUCUAAGUGACCCCAAACUUUUGAACGGGAGUGUAUAUUUAACGACUAAACUUUUUGUUUCCAUUGAUUGAACAAAGAUUUGUUCAAACUCCAGCUACUCUGCUCUCAUUAAAUUGGACACUUUGUCAAAUAUAAAAUGACAAGUUGCAUCCCAAAUGGCAUCCUAUUUCCUACAUAGUGCACUACCUUUGACCAGGUCCUGUAGGGAAUAGGGUGCAAAUCGGGACAUAACCAUAGACAUAUCAACAUUUUAUUUAUUUAUUGGUCCAUCCUCUUCGCAGGACAAAAGUAUCAAAAUAUCAACACUGUUUGUCUUGGUUUUGAAGGUCUUGGCAGACGCUGGUGUUUGACAAGCAGCCCGCCUCCUUUGUACGCAUCGUGGGGACCCACAACACAUCCAACGAGGUGGGGAGAGACGAGCAGGCUCGGGAAGUGAGCUGAACCUCGAUGACUCUCACACACCCCUAAUGGUGUCCCAUAGCUGUCUCUUUCCUUAUUUUCUUUUUCCCUCUUCCAUUCGUCCCCCUCUCUCUUUCUUGCUCUCACCCCCCUUUCUCCCUUCUACAUACCACCUAAUUUUUCAUCAAUAUCAAACAAAGUAACACACCUGCCUUUCUUUCUCAGGUCAUUUGAAUAUGCUGUCUGACCACAACCAUGUAGAAAAGCAUUUAACAAUCUAACAUGCAUAGCUUUAAAUGUAACCAAAUGUAAACAUACUGUCUAUGUAACACAAUGAAAAUCACAGCACUGUAUUUUUUAUUAUUUUUAUCUGUACUAUGGGGCGGCAGGUAGCUUA